UAACACGCUCUUAUUGUAUGUAAGUACUUGCCUUUUGUUUAUAUUCACAUGCAUGCAAAAAUUAUUUUUUUUUUACAUUUUCAUAAAAAAUUGUUUUCAUAUUGACCUACAUAAAUACAUACAAAUGAUGUAAGUUUCAGCUCGUAAAACACCUUUAAGUCUCCAGUCAUUGAACUUCCGCAGCAUUUUGUUUUCCUCAGUUGCCAAGUUCAAUCUAUUUUGCAAGCGAUGAUUGAUCUGAAUUUUUUCUCGCGCUUUAUCGCAGUUGUACUAAUAUUACGCAACCAUGGCGGUGCACAAGCACUCGACAGGAAAUAUCAAGAUAUGUUGGUUCGACUUAACUCCGACAAUCCGAUAAGCAAUCCAAGCGAAGGACGCGUUGAAGUGAGCUUUGAUAGCGGCGCUAAUUGGGGCACAAUUUGCAGCUCAGCGUGGAGCUUUCGAGAGGGCAACGUUGUUUGCCAGCAGUUGGGCCUCGGCUUUGCUGCCAUGGUCAAUCAGACUACCAGCUUCGGUGACAGCAAAGCAUAUCCUUGGGCCUUGGUCGGCACGCUCUGUCGUGGCAAUGAGACCCGUUUGACGGAAUGUUCACGUGAGGCUACCUAUCCCACGAAUUGUACCGAGCAGAAUCAAAAUGUGGCAGUGGUGCGAUGCGUGCCGCAAAGUGCUGACUUGGCUUUGGGCUUGCGAGACAUUGAAUUAUCGGCGCGGCUCGAUCUGGCGCCGAUGACGCGACUCACUUGCGCGAUGGAGGAGAAUUGUGUUGCCGCUGAAGCAUAUAUAAUACGGCGCACGCAACCGAAUGCGGUGCGCAAUUUAUUGCGUUUCACAACCAAAGCAGAAAAUGUGGGCGAUGCCGAUUUCAGUCCUUAUUCCAAUUACAGGGAUUGGGAAUGGCACCAGUGCCAUCAACAUUAUCACAGCAUGAACGUAUUCGCCACCUUCGAUAUAUACGAUUUGAACUAUAGAAAAGUGGCACAGGGACACAAGGCCUCAUUCUGUUUGAUGGACACGAGUUGUGCACCAGACGUUAGUCCGAGAUACACGUGCGGCAAUGAGACACAAGGCAUUUCGAUUGGCUGUGCCGAUUCGUAUACUGCUGAAUUGGACUGCCAAUGGGUCGAUGUGACGGGCUUGCCGACGAAUCAAACUUAUAUUCUUCGUAUUGCCCUUAAUCCGGAGUAUAAAAUCGGUGAACGAUCUUUUGAGAAUAAUGGUGCUGAGUGUACUGUGCAUUACACGGGCGAAAUAGGUACAACAAGGGUUACAAAUUGUCGUCGCACAGGAGUGUGGUUUAAUGCUUGAUCGCUUAUAUUUUUUUGUAGACACAUUUUAAGCAUGUAAUUGAAUUAAAAUUAAAAUAAAAACCGUUGAA